GCAGUCGUCCACACACCAAGAACUGGACUGAGAUCAGGAUCGACUCUGACGUGGAUGUGCUUCCUAUGAAAAGAGCUUUGAUUCAGCUGAAGAAAACUCUAAAUGGGAGUCUAAAUGAAAAACUCCGUCAGUCUAGGUUGAAGUGUCUGAAGUUUGCAGUGGAUGUGACUCUGGAUCCUGAUUCAGCGAAUCCGUAUCUCAUCCUGUCUGAUGAUGGAAAACAAGUCAGUCAUGGAAACUUUAAGCAGGACGUCCCAGAAAACCCAAAGAGAUUAAAUAACACUUGUUGUGUUCUGGCAAAGCAGGGAUUCAGUUCAGGGAGGUUUUACUAUGAGGUGCAGGUGAAGGGAAAGACUGAAUGGGAUUUAGGAGUGGUCAGAGAAUCCAUUAAGAGGAAGAAGACAAACACACUGACUCCAGUUAAUGGAUUCUGGACUGUGAUUCUGAGAAAUGGGAAUCAGUAUAAAGCUUGUGAAAGUCCGUCUGUCUCUUUCUCUCUGAAAGUGAAACCUGAGAAGGUGGGAGUGUUUGUGGAUUAUGAGGAGGGUCUGGUCUCUUUUUAUGACGUGGGCUCCAGAUCUCAUAUCUACUCUUUCACUGGUCAGACUUUCACUGAGAAACUCUAUCCAUACUUUAGCCCAUGCCGCAAUGAAGGAGGUAAAAACUCAAACCCACUGAUCAUCUCACCUGUUAACAGAUACAUUUCUCUGAAAUAUGAAACAUGAAAUCUGGAAAGAUUAACUAUGCAUGAGCUGUUUUUUAAUGAUUAAAAUAUGUAAAUAAAAACCAAAAAAGAAUACACACAAAGAUCCAUUUUAAUAAAAAUAAUACAAAUGAAAUAUUUGUAAAUUACAGAAAAAAGUAAGCUGUCACAGCUACAGACUGGACCAUGAAACCCCUACAUGGGAUUUCUGCUGACAUUUUUUUGACCUGGGGCCCAUUUCAACAAGGAGGUUCAACCAACUCUGAGUUGACUUACUCUGAGAUGGGAAACUCAUCAGUUUUUUCAAAAAGUUUUCGUGUUCAGAACAGCUGAAUUGAGUUAGUUCAUUCAACUCUGAGAAGGUUGAAGGUUGAAGACGUCUGCAUACUUCCGAGUCAAUGCGUAACUUUAAUUCUUAAUCCCUGUUAUAAUAUCAAAGGUAUAAAGUGGCAGAACGGUCAAUUAUUGAACUAAUAUUAAUUUUCAUGAUAUCCCACAGGCAAAAGCAAAAAAUGAAAAAAGAACAAAA